AUGAUAGACAAAUCGGCAAAGGAAGUGGCUAAAGCGUUGCAUUCCCUGGUAAAUCGAUUCGGGUGUCCCAGAAUACUAGUGUCGGACAACGGCCGUGAGUUCGUAAAUGAACUAAUUCGCGAGUUUACGGCCCUCUUACAAGUAGAUCAUGUCACCAUCGCGGCUUAUCGGCCGUCUGCUAACGGACUCGUUGAGUCUCACAACAGAGAGGUAGUCAACAUCUUAAAAUAUCUCAUCGGGGAUAAUCCGACUUCCUGGCCGUCUCUGUUGCAGACAGCUGAGAUGGCUAUUAAUGCCGCAUAUAACAGCUCGAUUAGGGGCAGCACCCUUCUUCUUGAUGUAUGGACAAGACAUCCGACUGCCGUAUUCGGUGGUCUUGGACCCUCAACAGAUGCACCUUUACACGGUGGAACAGUACCGGGUGUGGUGUAA